UUGAGGGGUGAAAGAACAGCUAGUACUGCUCGCCUACGGCUGGGGGCAGUGCGUGAACGGUUAAGAAGAUUGGCUCGUGCGAAAGACAAUUUGGCUGCUUUAUUAGCACGACAUUUGAAUAAUGCUCUCAUACAUUUAGCAAAUGAAGCCCACGCGCCAACUCCCAAUACUAGACGUUCUCAUCAUUCUGAGCUGAUGCCUUAUGCACCAUUUAUGCGGUGGCUCAAAGAUAUGGAUGAUAAAGCCUAUGAUGGUCUGGUCAAGGUGUAUGUGAGCACAUGGUCGCGUGUACACAAGCGAGAGGCACGUGUAUGGUGUGACGGGGCACGCAUAUCACUUAACACACAGUCAGCCACUGUAGAUGAUCUAUUGGAUGAGGUGCUAACAAUGUUAGAAAUAACUUGCAAUGCUGAACAAGACUUUUGUACUCAAUUCUUCUAUUUGGAGUUUGAUGUUAAGAGUGACAACAGUGACGGCGAACGAAGUGAAAAAGUGAAGUGA